CAAGUGUCUCUCGGAGACGCCUAUUUAUGUCGCUCCCUUCUUCAGCUUCAACCGAUAGAGCCCAUCCCUGAAUAUCUUCUCCCGAUUCUGUAAUAUACCAUAUCGUCAUAUCAAGUCAUGGGCUGUCCUGGCAGAGCUGAUUCGGAGCUGCCGCGUUCCCCAUCGUCGCCACGCUCUCCUGCACCGGCAUCGAUGAUCAUGAGCCCAUGUGCCGCCUGCAAAAUACUGAGGAGGAAGUGCAGCGAGAAAUGCGUCCUGGCACCCUACUUCCCUCCUACCGACCCUGUCAAGUUCACCAUCGCCCAUCGGGUCUUUGGCGCCAGCAAUAUCAUCAAGUUCCUCCAGGAGCUUCCCGAAUCGCAGAGGGCUGACGCUGUGAGCAGCAUGGUGUAUGAGGCGAGUGCGAGGAUCAGAGACCCGGUUUACGGUUGUGCCGGGGCCAUCUGCCAGCUCCAGAAGCAGAUAAACGAGCUGCAGGCGGAGCUGGCCAAGGCGAAGGCAGAGAUGUCCAGCAUGAAGACCCAGCAUGCCCACCUCAUGGCUCUGAUCUGUACGGUUGAGAUGGACCGGCCAUCCCCUUCGUCGUCAACUGAGCAGUCUGACGACAGCAACAUUUCUCGAGCUGUCAAUGAAACUAACCCGAGCUAUAUAUUGGACCAUGACAACUACUUGGGCUCGUCGUGGCCAGGAUCUCUCUGGGCAUGAUGACUUUUCGAUUGAAAGAGAGAUGGAUGAUUAACUUAAUUAAUUUGCUAGAAAUAUCUUUAUUAGCAAUUAAGGUACGUAGUGGCAAAAAAAAAGGGUACCUAGGAACGAUUGACGUAUGAUAAGUACAUUGUACAUCGAUUGUCAAGAGAAUGAGCCUCAGUGAGACAAGUAUUAUCUUUAAUAAAAGAUGGUGGAAAAAAACAUUUCCAGAGAAUUAUAUU